AUGUCACUCUUUGCUCGGAGUCUUCGCACUAGCAGGGAACCUAUAGGCGAUUUUCAUGUAUGUAAAGCAUGCAUUGAGAAAACUGCAAUGCGCAAGCCGGUUACCGAAUGGGGUGGAGGGGAAGCAGUUACGAGUAGAGGUGUGCUUGAAGGAUUUUAG